CAACAAUUGUUCUAGUGGUUGGCUACCAGGUGGAGACACAGGCAGCAAAGGAGUUAGAGACAUGAAGGAAAUGGUUCCUGCAACGAUCAAUGGACGCAAACACUCAAAACAUGAGGAAUGUGCAGCAAUUGAUUUGAAAGUGAGGGAAUCAUUGGGCAGGUCUGCAUCAUCCCACAAAACUAGCAAGAAGGAGUCAAUUCAAAAACGUAUCAUCAAAAGGAUCGAAGAAUGUCAAAUGCUCGCUGCAGAGAAUGUAAAACUUCACAACUGUGUUCAAGAAUUGGUGUGCAAGGUGAAUGGUUUCAACAAAAUAAUCCAAUACGCUGACCAAAGGCUUCAAAUGAAUAAUUCGCACAUUGUGAGGCUGGAAAAGAAGAACUCCAUUUUGUUUGUUGCUUUGAAUAAGAUGGCCAGAAAGAAAGAGAUGAGAGACAGUUCACCAGGAUCUACAAGCGACAGCAGUAAAACAAGUGAAAGAGCUCAUUGUUCAAGGACAGAAGGAAACCACGUCAGUGAAAAGGGCAUUUUCUCUGCUAAAGGAUCGACCACCUCGAGUUUGAAAAUGUGUGGCGAUCAGAAUCAGAAAGAGAGUCUAAGACUAGAUAAUCCAGAAUCUGCAGAGGGUAUCUGCAGCCCAAAUCCUUUUGACAGUUCUUCUCAGCCACAUAUUUAUUCAAUUUACAACAGGAAGGAUGAGCUGUCCUUUGAAACUGAAACCAGUAGCACACUUUCAGAGAUAUCACAGGACCAUAGCACCAAUGAAGAGAAGAAUGGCGCAGAUUGGAAAGCCAGUUAUUGGGGCACUAAUAUUGACAAGUCUGUACUCAAGGAAGAUAUCUUGGAUAAGACGACAGCUAAUGUUGUUGAAACAGAGGAUGCUGAUAUCUGUACAUGCAGUCCCAUUCCAGCAGAGGGCAAUGAGUACACUGACGCGGACCAUCAGAGGGAAGCUGCUUUAUCGUGUAAGCAGAAACACAACCAGGCAGUAAAUCAUAAAGGAAAGUCAUCUGAUGAGUUUCAAUUGCUUGCGGCAGAAAACGUUAGGCUCCACACAUGUGUGUGUGAACUUCAAAGCAAGAUGAGCAAAGAAUCAAAAUUUUAG